AUGUCUCUAUGCCGAUUCUUGAGGCUCCACACUUCUGUAUAUGAUCUGAUUUCAGAUUGCCCUGAGAUCCCAGUUCGGGGAAGUGAAGCCGCCGAGGAUGUAUCGGUCUGGCGAGAGGCUCUUCGGUGCUUGAUACAAUCGGCCACACUUUCGACAUAUCAUUUGGCAGGAACCUGCAAAAUGGGUGCCAGUCGGGAGGACGGAAGUGUGACUGGGACAGAUUUGAGGUAA